AUGAUUCGUUCGACAAUAAUAUUAGUGGUGAUUUUUAUUAUUUCUUCUGUUUACGCACAAGAACAGGAAGAAAAAUAUGCUGUCAGUGACUUAAAACCUUUCUUGGAAAAAUUUAGGUACGUUAUGAGAACUGGAAGUGAGUCUCUCAAAGUACCUGUCUUGGAUCCACAUGACGUUCAAGAGAGCAAUUAUAAAUUUGAUUUAUCUUUCCUUAAAGCUGACUUUGGUGUAAAAAAUCUUCACUUGACCGGUCUAUCAGAUUAUCAGGUCCAAGAAGGUAAACUCCACGUAGCAGGAUUCAAUAUUGUUUUAGGUUUUCAUUGGGAUCAACUCGUUGUAAAUACAGAGUACGAUAUUAAUGGACUCGUAAACAAUAAAAUUCCGAUUUAUGGAAAAGGAAAUUUCUCAUCAAUACUUGGUGGCGUAGAUUUUUCUGCCAAUAUUCGACUAGGAUUUAAAAAUAACAAGUCAUAUAUAGCGAGCAUUAGGUCGACAGUUGUUUUGGAAUCUCUUAAUGUCAAAGCAACUGGAAUUUUCAAUGACGAAAAACGUUCGGAGGAAAUUAGUAGGAAAAUAACUAAUAUGGGACCAGAAUUUAUUCGAAAACAUCCAAAUGAAGCUGGAGAAUUAUUGAGCGAAAUUGCAGAGAGAAAAUUAAACCUUGUUAUUGGUAAUAAAACUCUUAAAGAAUUAUUGGAGCUCUUAAAUAUUUAA